AUGAAUUACGGAUUCACCCCGUCACUAGCCACGGCCGGCCUGGCUACCUCAUCAGACCUAGAUGAUGAUGUUGACGAAGACUUCACCUCAAUAAAGAAGCAAUUGUUUAACUGCGACACCACCCCAGCAACCAAGAAGCAGGCUGUGCAAGUAUUUCUAAGGGUUAGACCUAAGAGUACCUUGGAGAUACAGCUGAAGCAACCAGAAUGCUUCCACUUUCCCAAUGGCAACCAAGAGUUGAUAGCAAUCGCACCCAAGAGCUCUCAGAGUUACAAAUCCAAGACGGCUACUCACACUAACAGCAAGUACACCUUCACUAAAAUCUUUGGUCCGGAUACGACACAAGUGGAUUUGUUUGAGGAGACGCUUCUUCCGUCUCUGAAGGACUUUCUAGAAGGGCAGAACUGUUUAGUGUUUACCUAUGGCGUCACCAACUCCGGGAAGACACACACUGUAUCUGGGACCCCUAGCAACCCUGGCCUGCUCCCUAGGAUGCUGGACGUUGUGUUCAACUCUGUCCAAGAUGGAAAACUUCUCACUGAUGUCAAAUUCAAGCCCAAGCAUUACUGUGGUGUGUCUUAUCCCUCCCAAAAGGAGCUGACCUCUGAGAGUGAGAUCAAAGCAGCUAUCCUAGCCAAGGCUAUGGAGGUGGACCAGACCCUCUCCUCUACUUUCCCUGUUCUGGACGAGACUGGCAGUGAGCAGCAGGACAUCAGCUCAAUCUCCAGUGUGUCCUCCAAGGUCUCCUCCAACAUCAGCAAACUCAGCUGUGAUAGUGGAAUGAGUUUUGAGAUCCCCACUCAAGACAGCUCCACAAUUAACCUGGAUGACAGUGACCACUAUUAUUACUCUGUGUGGGUAUCUUAUGCGGAGAUCUACAACGAGUUCAUAUACGACCUCCUCGGUGACGCUCACGUGACGGGCAAGACACGCUCGGCACUCAAACUUCAAGAUGAUCAAAACCACAAUCAAUUUAUCAGAGGUCUACGUGAGAUCCAAGUGAGCACUGUGGAGGAAGCCAUGCUCCUACUGCGCUAUGGGUUGCGUCAUCGCAGUCAAGCAGCCACUCGGCUCAACUACAGCUCAUCUAGAAGCCACGCUGUGUACACCGUCAAGCUAGUCAAGGUGGUCAACCCGGACAAGCCGGCCAAUGCCCUGGUGAACAGAGUGUCCAUAGUAGACCUGGCUGGUGCUGAGAGGUCAAGCAAAACUGGAGCCAGUGGAGCGAGGGUGAAGGAGGCGGGACAGAUCAACAAGUCUCUCCUCACUCUGGGCAAGUGCAUCGAAGCAAUGAAGCACAAUCAGCUCAAGAAGGGAGAUGACCUGAUGGUCCCAUUUCGUGAGAGCAAACUGACACGACUGUUCCAGAACUACUUUGUGGGUAAGGGAGGGAAGGAAGCGAGGCAGGGCAAGGUCACCAUGUUUGUCAACAUCUCCAACAUUGCUUCUGUAUUCGAUGAGACGAUGCACGUGCUCAGAUUCUCAGCUCUCACUAGCAAGGUGAUCCCACUGGUCAAGUCCCUCCCCGGACCCACCCCCCAAAAGAGGUCUAAGACGAGUAACCUUCCACUCCCCACACCAAGCACACUCAGAGUCACACGCUCCCGGGUCCUCCCGCCCCCUACACCUAGCACACUCACACGCCCUGCAAUGCCGACGUACUCAGCAGAAGAGGACUGCUCGAGCAGCACUGACGUUGGUCCAGCACAAUGUCUAGACUGCAAGUCAUUGAAAGAGAUGGUGGGCUCCCUGCGCAGUGAGCUGAGAGAGCAGGAGUACAAGCUACGACAAGAGGUGUGCAAAGAGUUCAAUGAGCAGCUAAUAGAGAUCGAAGACAACCACAGUCGUGAGCUGGAGACGCAGGCCGAGGAGAUUGAGGAGGCGUACGAGAAGAGGAUGCACAACCUCCAAAAGUCCAUGAAGAAGCAGUUUUCGAGAAAGAGGAGAAGAAGAGAUGAUGAUGAUGAGGAAGGCAAUGGUGAGCAAAGACUGAGAGAGAUGGUCGAGCGACUGGAGGAGAGGAACAGAGAAUUGGAAGAAGAACUGGAGCUGGAGAGAGAUAGAGCUGCUGCUGAGGUGCGUGACACUGUAGAGAGUCACGAGACAAGGGUGGUGACCCUGAACAGGCAGCUGGCAGACAAAUGUGUUGAGGCUCUAGAGAGAAGCAAGGAGAUGGCUGGGCUCAAGGAGCAGCUGUCUUCCCUCCAAGGAGAGCUGGGCCAACUGAGGGGCCAGGAGGGACAGCUUGCAGACAAAUGUGCUGAGGCUCUAGAGAGAAGCAAGGAGAUAGCUGGGCUCAAGGAGCAGCUGUCUUCCCUCCAAGGAGAGCUGGGCCAACUGAGGGGCCAGGAGGGACAGCUGGUGCCUCAACUGGAGGCUCUCAAAGACAAGCUAUCUUCUGCUGAGACGUCAGCCGAGUACGCUCUGGCCGAGGUGGAGAUACUCACGUCUCGUAUCAGUGAGCUCACCAGCGAGAACGAAAGAAUGGAGGAAAUGGAGAAACAGCUGAAGGAAGCAAUAACAUCAACAGCUCCUACAAAUGACAACGACAGUGAGAGAGUGGCUUCUCUGGAGUCUCAACUAGCAGAGCUGAACAGUCAGUUGACCACCACCCAGGCUGAGCUCUCAGCCAUAGCCAGCAGACACGAGGAGGAGACAAAAUCAUGGGAGACUCAGGCUGCAGAAUAUAGUAGGGAGAAAGAGGCGUGGAUGCUCGAUAGAGCUGCUCUAACUCGAGCCCAAGCUGAGAAGGUGGAGGUCGAGCUAUUGAGGGGAGCUUACGAUGAGGAUAAGGCCAGUUUAGCUGGGGAACUCGAAUCGCUCAGGAAUGCUCACACUAGCGAGCAAGCGUCUUGGGGGGAGAAGAUGGAAUCAGUCGCUGAAACACACCUAAAUGAGAAAGCCACUCUUCAGGCUGAAUUGAGCCGCCUUGGCCAAGAGAAGAACCUCCUUGUUUCUGAGUUAGACGACUUCAAGAAGUCUAAUUCGAGUAAGAUGGAUGAACUACGAGGUGUGCUGAGCGGCGAGGUGGUCUCACUCAAGAAGGAGCAUCUCAAGGAGAAGGCUGCCUGGGAGAACCAGGUGGAGGCUCUAAAGAACGAAAUGAACUCUGUCUCCGCUAAGGUUGCUGUCAAAAAUGAGAAGAUCUAUAAAGUGGAGUCACAGAAGGAAAGCCUAGAAAUGGAUCUUAAAGAUUUGAAGGAAAUGCUGCAAGGCAAAGAAGCCAUGAUUUCCGAGCUCACAAAUCAGACAGACUCUCUGAGCUCAAGUAUCAAGAGGACAUUAAAGGAUUACGAGAUCACCCUCAAGAAUCAGACGGCUCACAUAGAGGAACUUAAGAGAGAAAACGAAGUGGCCGUGUCUCAGAGUGAGGAGCUGGCUCAGCAAUGUGCUGAUCUUGAGCUGAGGAUGAGCCGGGCGUGUGCUGCCAAGGAGGCUCUGUCUAAUCGUGUGGAGGAGCUCACCAACUCUCUGGACGACUCACGGAAGGCCCUCUCCCAAAGAGAGUCAGAGUUGCUGGACUCCUCUGACCAGUGUCGGGCCGUGCUGGAGGAGACAAUUAGUGAUCUAAAGAAGAGCAAUGCCACACUAGAGCACCAGCUGACCGUAGCCAGGGAGGAUACCAAGGCUCUGCAAGCUACAUUCACUGAGAAGGAGAGUGAGCUGUUGAGUUUGGCCAAGUCAGUGGGCGGUGAGAGGGCCGAAGUGGAGUCGCUCAAUAGCCAGAUGCUGGAGCUCACCCAGAGACACCAGACACAGGAACAGGAGCGUCAUACACUCGUUAGUGAGAUCAAAGGUACCCACCAGCUUGAGGUGGCCCAAUACUCAAUUCGUGUGCGAGAGUUGAGUGAUGAGUUAGAGUCAACAAGGGCAGAGCUUGAUGCCAAGAGGGCGGAGCUUGACAAUGUGGGGUCAUCAUACGAGAGUGAGGUGGAGAGUGUGCGGGCAGGGUGGAACGAUGAGGUGCAGGGACUCAACAAGAAGCUGCAGCAAGCAGAGAAAUCGUUGAACAGGCUGGCUGUUAUGGAAGCUGAGUUAAAAGCUUUCAAGAAAUCUUCCCAGCAGCUGAAGAAGGUAGUGGACAAAGAUAGAAAAGAGAUUACCUCUUUGAAAGCCACCGUGAACAGUCUGGAGAACACUGCAUGUGCCAGGGACCAGGAGCUGCUCAAGUUGAAAAUCAACCAUGAGACGGCCAUGCAGGCAGUAAAGGACGAGUGGAGGACGGAGGUAGGAGAGGUCAGAGCAGCUGCCCAACUGGAGCACAAGGACAAGGACCCUAUUUAUGAAGAGCUGCCAGAAGCCCCGUCAGAACAGCCUACAAUCUAUGACUCGGUGUGUGAUGGGAGUUAUGUCAAUAGCGAGGCUCCUCCAUCUAGCAACCAGACUUCUGUUGCUAACGUGCCCAAGCCAGUAGAGAGCACCGUUAACAGUAGAAGGUCUUACCUAGUAGCUGUGACCACCUCCAUUACCCCUGAUCAUGAGAGUGAGCGCAGUAUGUUGGAUACCUCCAAACCCAUGGUCCCCAUCCUGGAGUCCAGCUCUCAGCUCAUGGACGAUACUUGUCUCUCUGAGCCUCAGCGGGUGGAGAUCGAUGCCACUCCACUCCCACUCAGGAAGAAGAGGAGGAGGUUUGCCUCAAAAAAAGCCUUAGACAAGGAGAAUGCUGUCCUGAGUCCACCUCCUGAGAAGAAAUCUAAGUACCCUCUGAGGUCCAGGGUCAAGAAAGUCAAAGAACAGGAUAAUGCCUCACUCGAUAGCUUUACGCCCACCUCUCAGAAAAGCUUCAUAAAGAAACUCACUACCAAGAAGAAGAAGGUAACUCUGCCUGUGACCCCUAAGAAGGAGCAAGCGUCUCUGAACACCUCAACGGUUUCUACUCGAACCAGAACCAGGAAAAGGGGGCUCCACAAGUCACAGAUAUCUGGACCUAUUGAGUACUUUGACUCCCCCAUGAAUAUGAUCAAGCAGCAGGUCUUCGUGACAAAAGGGAUAAACCUUGGGAAAAAGUUAAGGCCACCAGCUAAACUGAUCGUACAUGACUGCUAAAAUAGACUCUGUGUUGUGUUAGUAUAUAAUUCAGUACACUGUACAUGUUAGAAAGUCUUUUCCCCCAUCGGUAUAAAUUAUAUCCCCACUGCAGCUUAUAUAAUUAUAGUGAACUUUGUUUGUCAAUUUUAAUAUGUAACUGUCAUGAUAAA